AUGACAGCCUCGGAGGAGCGGCCAAACCAGCCGAGCCUGUCAUGGCGGAUGGCGUCGUCGGCUAUAAUGGGCCUCACCGGUGCCAUUUCUCGAGCCUUCUUGUACGGUUUUCAUGACGUUCAGACCGAGGGACAAGCUCGUUUUUUAGAGGUUCUGGACAAGCGUCGAGCCGAGACCCCUGAGCGUGGGCUCAUCACUGUCUCAAACCACAUCAGCGUUUUAGAUGACCCCUUAAUAUGGGGUGUGCUACCUCUCAAGUACAAUGUGUACCCCCUGAGCGCGAGAUGGGGCCUAGGCGCUCAUGACAUUUGCUUCAAGAACCGCGCCCUCAAAACAUUUUUCACUCUUGGCCAAGUCUUGCCGACAUAUCGCUUACUGCACUCGCCUUAUGGCGGCUUAUUCCAGCCCACCAUGACCCAAGCGAUUCGCCUAGUAUCCGGCCCUGGAGCACUGUUUCCUUUCAAAGCUGCAUUUGAAGCUGGAAACGACGAGGUUUUCUCCUCGCCCACAUUCUUCAGAAGCAAGCAUGGCGCAUGGGUUCACGUCUUCCCAGAAGGUUGUACGCAUCAGAAUCCCGAACGGACCCUCCGGUAUUUCAAGUGGGGAGUCUCGCGGUUGAUUCUUGAAUCCGACCCAGCCCCCCAGCUCGUUCCCAUGUUCAUCGACGGAUUCUCAGACAUUAUGCCAGAGGAUAGGAAGCGGCUGCGAUUUCUACCACGCAUCGGCGCCAAGAUCCGCGUCUUUUACGGCGACGCUCUUGAAGUGGGCGAGGCUUUCAAAGAGCAGCGUUUAAAGUGGAAACGUAUUGUGCAGAAAGAGCAGGAGGCCCGAGGCAAACCGUUGAGCGUUGGCGAAGUACCAGAAUCCCUGAAGAACCACCCUGAAGCCAUUCAGCUGCGUAUAGAAGUUGCACAGACUGUCAGAGACAUGGUUCAGGAGUUGAGGCUAAGUGCGGGUUACCCUCAAGACAACCCGGCAUACGCCCUCGCUGAGACAUGGGAACGCGAACCUAAGGACAAGCGGUUCAAGAGUCCUGUAGAUAAGAGCCUGGUUCACAAGGAAUGA